GUUUACAAAAUGGCUGACUUCAAAACUUGCUCCCUUGAUUAUUUCCCUGAGAACAUUCUCAUUGACAUUUUGUCGUAUUUAAGUGUCCGAGAGCUCGUCCGAAGUGGCAGGGUGUGUAAGAGAUGGAGGAGGCUGGUGAAAGACCAAAGACUGUGGCGUGCCGUGGAUCUGACAGAGUGGAAAGGGGUGAGCUCGCGCAUGCUGUGGGUGCUGCUGCGGCAGUACCUGGGCUGCGGGCUGCGCUGCCUGCGUCUGCGAGGCCUGCUGCUGUCCGCCCGCGCCGGGGCCUUCCUGUCUAAGUCCUGGCUGCAGGCGCUGGCGUCCCGGUGCCCCCGUCUGCGCAGACUGUCCCUGCUGCACGCAGACCUGCGGGGGCUGCAGAGCUGCCUGCUCCUGCCCCGCACGCUGCAGGUGCUGGAGCUGCGCGGCUGCGAGCUGCCGCCGGGCUUCUUCUCCCAGAAUUCCUGUUCCCUCGCUGCCGCCGACGGGCCGAAGGCGGGGGACGGCGUGGGCGGGGCGUCGGCGGGGGCCGGAAAGGGGCCCGCGCAAGGCCCCGCGGUCGCGAUCGCCAUCGAGACGCUGGUGGUGGAGAACGUGCCCUCCUUCACAGACCAGCACCUACAGAGUCUGGCCUCCUGGCGGCAGCUCAGCCGGCUGGAGCUCAGGGACGUGAUCCGCGUGACGGCGGCGGGACUGCGGGGCGGCGCCCCCCGGGGCGGGGCCGGCGGGGGCGGGGCUGGGCAGGACGGGCCAGGCGGCACGCUGUCUGGCCUGCGGGCCCUGGAGCUGGGCAACUCCGGCCGGCCGGGCUCCUACACGCAGAUGGCCUCGCUGGGGCUGGGCGAGGGCUGGGCGGGGCUGGAGGAGCUGACGCUGGGGGGCAGGGAGGUGGGGCCAGGCCUGCUGUGCGUCAGCCGGCUGCGCGAUCUGCAGCGACUGCGUCUGCGCAGCUGUCCGCUCAGCGAGGUGCAGGUGCUGCGCAGCUGCAGGGGUCUGCGCGGGCUGCGUAGGCUGGAGUUCUGUGAGGUCACCUUCCAGGGCCACCCGAGGAAGCAGGAGGAGGGGGAGGGCGAGGAGGGCGGGGAGGGCGGAGAGGAAGAGGAGGGCGGGGAGGAAGAGGGGAACCCCAUGCCAACUCUGCGCCGCUCCCUGGCCGCCCUGCUACCGCGAUGCACACUGGUGUUCACUCACUGCUCCGUCACAGUACCCACCGACUAGACACACA